GCCUAUGAUUCAUGACGUAUAAACACUAUGGUAUAAGCAUUUGUGGGUUAUAAACAGUUGUAGAUAUAAAUGGGUUUUAUUCGUAUAUUGUAGUUAUUCGUUGUUAUCAAUAACAGUUUUUGAUUUCAAGUUAAUGUUUUUCAAGUGGUAGUAGUACUUUCGAGAAUUUGAAGCGCUGAAAUAAUUCAAUUUUUUUUUUAAUAUACAUGAAGGUUGGGAGGUAGAAAGUAGAAAGUGUAAGAUUUUUGUUUGAUUCUCCCUAAACAAAAUGAAGAUAAGAUCGAAAAAGAAGAAGUAUUCUGAAAGCGAAUCAGAAAGCUCUGAAGGCAGUAGUGUUGAAAGUUUUAGUUCGUCAAGCUCAGACUCGGAAAGUUCUGUUUCAUCUGGAUACUCUUCGAAAAAAAGAAAACUUAAAUGUCGUUCUGAUAAUCGCAAGAAUCGCAAAGAAAAAGAAAAAAGGGAUUUUGAAGUCCCUGCUUCAGAUGAUGAUGAAAAGAAUGUUUUAAAAAGGAAGAAUAGAAAGUCCAGAAAAUCAGAUUCCGAUUCAGAUGAACCCCAGACCAAACUAGAGAAACAUAAAAUCAAGGAAAAAGAAAGCAGGAAACGAGAUGUCAGUUCAGACAUAGAGAAAGAAAAAAGCAAAAGGCACAAACAGAAGCACAGGUUAAAAGAAGACAAGGAACAGAAGGAUAAAGAAUCAGAUGAUAAAAAUUCUCAAUAUGACAAACAUAAACACAGUGAAAUAGAAGAAAAGUCCAAAUACUAUGAAUAUAAGAAAGAAACUAAAGAAGUAUCAAGAAAUUAUGGCAAUGAACAGUUUAGGAAAGACAAGGGGAAUAUGAAAGAUAGUGAUUCAAAGAGGGAGAAAGAAGAAGAAAGAAGAUUAAGAGAAGAAAGUAGAAGAGAUAGGGGUAGAGAUAGUAGAAGAGAAAUUGAAGAUGGCAGAAGAGAUAGAGAUAGUCGAGAUGAAAAAAGAAGGGAAAGAGAAAAAGAACAAAAUCGGUAUCAAAAUAGGUAUAGUGCAGAUAAUGUUGAUAAAAGAAGAAAUGAGGGAAACACUAUAGAAGAUGAAAGAUGGAAGCAUGAUGGUUAUGAAAAGCAUUAUGGAAAAUCUAAUAGGAACAGGAGCCCAGGCAGGCAGAGGAGAAGAAGUCCUAAGUUUAUUAGGAAUAAUGAGAGGAAUAGAAGGAGUCGAAGCAAGUCUUUUGAUCAUGCAAAUGCAAAAUGGGGUAAAGAAGGGGAUUCAAAAACCAUUCAGAAAGACAAAAUUAAACCGGUGGAGAAACAAAAGCCUAACUUUGCCCUUUCUGGUAAACUGACUGAAGAGACCAACACUUAUAGAGGGGUUGUCAUUAAAUAUAGCGAACCACCAGAAGCUCGUAAACCAAAACGAAGAUGGCGACUCUAUCCCUUCAAGGGCGAGAAGGCCUUGCAAACUCUUUACAUCCACCGCGAAAGCGCUUACCUCAUUGGACGUGAUCGAAAAGUUGUUGAUUUGCCUGUUGAUCACCCUUCCUGUUCAAAACAGCAUGCUGUCUUGCAGUAUCGUUUGGUACCCUUUACCCGAGAUGAUGGUUCAUCUGGUAAAAGAGUCAGACCUUAUUUGAUUGAUUUGGAAUCAGCAAACGGAACUUAUAUUAACAAUAAAAAAAUUGAACCAAAAAAGUACAUCGAGUUAUUAGAGAAGGAUGUAAUAAAAUUUGGAUUUAGCUCGAGAGAAUAUGUUUUGCUACAUGAAAACAGUAAAGAUGAAGGUCUUGAUGAUGAUGUCAAACAAGAAGAAGAGGAAGUUGCCGUUAAGGAAGAACCUGAUAAUUAACUAAAAAAAUGUGGUCUUUGAAGUUUCCAACUCGCCAUUGGAUUCUUUGAGAAAAAUAAAUUUAGCAAAUGCGUUCGUAUAUAUCUAUAGUGCAUUAAUUCUAUUUCAUAAUAUGACAUGUUAUUGGACAUCAGUGUAGUUAAAUCUUGUAAAUAAAGGAAUAAAAUAAAAAAC